AUGGCUGCAAACAAAGAAAAUAAUGAUGUAUCAAGCGACUCUGAGGUUCAUUUCAGAAUUAACAGGGACAAUACAAAUUCCCGCUCAGAUGAGGAAGACAGACCUGUUGACCAACAACAACAGAUGAACAGGUUAUCCAAUGGGGGUCUCGCAUAUCGUUGUAGCCAUUGCGGCAAAGUGGACAGAAAGGGGAGACUGGUGGCCCACAUACUGAGAGACCACGUACCAGAAAAGCAAGUUCCCUUUUUCUGCACCCUAUGCAAGUUCCGGUGUGAAACCAGGGAUGAUUUACUAAAACACCUCACCAAAUACGCGGGCCAUGUGAGGGCAGUUGGCAGCAAUCAGAACAUUGACCUUAAACAGAUACUGAUCAAGUCCAACGUUCCUUGGUUUGUGUCAGCCAACGAUAUGACCCCGAUAAGGGAAGAAGACGAUGACAUGUUUAUGGAUCCAGAGGAACCAGCACUUCCACCAUGGCUCCUGGAUGUGAGGCCGUUGAAGAGGAAGGCGGACUUCUCACCAUCAACCAUGUCGCUUCCAUUAAGUCCGCAGUAUACAGAUCAGAGGUACGUGCUACCCAGAUCAAUGGUAGAAUCCCAGGAAAUAUUCCCUGACCAAUCAACUGCUCUUGUUAACCCAGCACUGUACACGGCCCCUAGCUUUGAUGAAGAUCCUUUGACAGCACUGGUCCAAACCUUGAAGACACCACAGUCAUCCCCUAAGGCCCAGGCAGCCACACCUCUCCAGGACGAACCAGUGGACAUUCUUCCUACAGAACAGGACAGGGCGGAUCCGCUCCCUAUGAGAUAA